GCAUGUGAUGAAUCUCAUAUAGGUCAGUGGGACUUAUUAAUGGGAGCCGAAAUAGUCAUUUCACCAGGUUGUAAUGUUUGUUUUCAACAACGCUCUGCUAUGUAUAUUUAUUAGUGUUCAGACGUCCGAGGUUUUGAGCAGAGCGUGAAUGCAGCAGGAGCGUGUGUGUAAGCAGGGUAGAGGAAGUGGCGGCUGAUCGGGGUCCGCACCUUUUCCGGUUCCACCGCUGAGACUGAACGGCUGACACUGAGGAAAAGGCACGCUGAGCCGGAGGAGCGGAGAGGGAGCGGGGCGUGAUCUCCACAGGACACAGGGAGGAGAAAGUCGGGGGGAAUCAAUGAGCUUCGAAGCGGUACUCCUCUGGAUGUCCCGCCACAGAACCGGAACAGGCGGGUUCUAAUCCCUGGAGUGUCUUUUUUUUAUUAUUCAUUCUUUCCUGGUGACGAAAAAAGAGCGCGUGAAAUUUCUCGAGGGACAGAAGCCAAGGCCAAGUGUGGCAGUCAACGGUUGAGGAGGAAGUCUAAAGCCUGGGUCUGGGACUGGGCCUGGUUCAUGAGGUCCGCCUCUAGAGUUCACCCAACCAGUUACAUAAAAGUGGGUUUGGUGAUAGAACCAGCCUGUCUCAGGUGGGAGGUUAAGUUUCCACCCCAAAAAAGUGAAAAUGGUUUGAAAGGAGCCAGCGGAUCAUGAACGUACCUCCCUGCCCUGACCUCCAUCAGCAACCGGUUCUGUCCAAACGGACCUUUUCCUGUGAAUUCUGACUCCUGUGCAUCCACGCAGCCAAACUGCUGCUCCCCAUUCACCAGAGUCUGAAAGUAUUUAUGCAGAGCCAGCAAGAUGGGGAAGAUGCUUUCCAAGAUCUUCGGCAACAAGGAGAUGAGAAUACUGAUGCUCGGACUUGACGCCGCCGGCAAGACGACCAUCCUGUACAAGCUCAAACUGGGCCAGUCGGUCACCACCAUCCCCACCGUUGGCUUCAACGUGGAAACCGUCACCUACAAGAACGUCAAGUUCAACGUGUGGGACGUGGGCGGGCAGGACAAGAUCCGCCCCCUGUGGAGACACUACUACACCGGCACGCAGGGCCUCAUCUUUGUGGUGGACUGCGCCGACCGGGACCGGAUCGACGAGGCCCGGCAGGAGCUCCACCGCAUCAUCAACGACCGGGAGAUGCGGGACGCCAUCAUCCUGAUCUUCGCCAACAAACAGGACCUGCCGGACGCCAUGAAACCCCACGAGAUCCAGGAGAAGCUGGGUCUGACCCGCAUCCGCGAUAGGAAUUGGUACGUUCAGCCCUCGUGUGCGACGACGGGAGACGGACUGUACGAAGGUCUCACCUGGCUCACGUCAAACUACAAAUCCUAAUGUUUCCUCAACUCACCAGCGUGUACACAGGAAGUAGCUGAAAAAAGUGUUACGAAAUGCAAUUUUAAGCCAUGAGAACUUUCAUUUCUGUAGCAACUCUUCCUUUUUUUUUUUUUUUUGAUAAUCACUUCAUUUUUAACUCCAGAUUUCAACCUAUUCUAUGUAGUUUUUCUUUUGUUUUGUAUAAUCAGCACUGUUGAAGUAUCCAUUAAGCUUUGGUUUGAGGUAUACUGUCAAAUCUUUUCUUUUGGGGCGUUUUUCUUCUUGUUGACGCCACAUUUGCAACUUCUACGUUCCAUUAAAUUCUUUAAAUAAUAAUAAUAAUAAAAAAACAGCUACUAAUCCAAAGGAUGGACAAUUGACGGCAUGUUUUGUGGACUUAAGAAAGACGUGUGAUCUAGGCGGGAUGGAGGACCUUGGACCUUAAAGCUGGAUCGAUGAGGAGAUCUGGUAGUUCUGGUGCUUUGAUCUGUAAAGUCUCACUGUGACGAGUAUUUAAGCUGUUUGGGGUUUGGAACCUGUUGCUUCCAUCGUCAUUCCUGUAUUUUUUUCCCCUCAUUUUGGGACGUUCUUUUAUCUUUUCCAGUUGAGGGGCUUAAACCCUAUACUCUUGUUAUAACACUUCAUACACCGCUUGUUAUCUCUUAUUUUUCCUCUUUUUUUACCUUUUGCUUUGCUGUUGAUUAUAAUAAAAGAAAUGUAUCCAGA